AUGGCUGCUUGUUCGAUCUCAAACAUAAACGGACAGAUUCGUUACUCGGUUCCAGAAGAAAUUAAGAAAGGGUCGCUUAUCGGGAAUAUAGCUCAUGAUCUUGGUCUGGAUGUUCAAAGACUGCGCUCGGGUCGGGCUCUGAUCGUGUCUGGCGACAGCACUGAGUACGUAGAGCUGAAAACAGACAAAGGGAUCUUGGUUGUAAAGGAGAGAAUUGACCGAGAGCAGCUUUGCGCUGAAACCACUCCGUGCAGCUUCACGUUUGAAAUAAUACUUGAUAAUCCAGUGGAACUACAUCAUGUUACGGUGGAAAUAUUGGAUGUAAACGAUCACUCGCCAACAUUUCCGAAAGAUGUAAUUCAUUUUGAAAUAAGUGAAACGGCCACACCUGGAGCUCGUUUCCAACUGGGAAGCGCAGAUGAUCCUGAUGUGGGCUUUAAUUGUAUCCAAAAUUAUAUCAUAUCACAGAAUGAUAAUUUUAUUUUAAAACAGCAUGCACGACAAGGUGGGGCCAAAUAUGCUGAAAUGGUUCUCCAGAAGCCCUUAGACAGAGAGCAGCAGCCACGAUUGUCUCUUAUUAUCACAGCAAUCGAUGGAGGAAACCCUCAAAGAUCAGGUAACGUCAAAAUAGAGGUAAAUGUACUAGAUGCAAAUGACAACGCGCCAGUAUUCAACCAAUCAGUUUACAAAGCAAUAGUAGCAGAAAAUUCACCUACUGGAACUUAUAUAACUACGGUUAAUGCUAGUGAUGCAGACAGUGGGACAAACAGUUUGGUCUCGUAUAGCUUUACGAACAUGAAAGUCAUCAGCGAGAUUUUUGAGUUGGAUGAACGCACUGGUGUUAUAAAGCUAACUGGGGAUCUUGACUAUGAAAAAGCAAAGAAAUACGAAAUUGAUAUCGAAGCAAAGGACCAAGGCGGAUUGGGAGACUCUGCUAAAGUCAUAGUUGAUUUAAUUGAUGUAAAUGACAAUGCGCCAACAAUCAGUAUUAUGUCAUUUUUUACCCCAGUGAGUGAGGAUGCACCUCUUGGCACCACUAUCGCUAUUUUUAGUGUGAAGGAUGUAGAUGCAGGAGACAAUGGUCACGUUGUCUGUACAGUUGAUCAAAAUAUUCAAUUUAAACUACAGUCCUCACUGCGAAAUUAUUACUCUUUAGUCACUGAUGCUGCUUUAGAUCGUGAACGUGUGGCAGAAUAUAAUAUCACUAUCACCGCUACAGAUUCAGGAUCUCCUGCGCUUUCUGCUCUGAAAACUUUAAAUCUGAAAGUAUCAGAUGUUAAUGACAAUCCACCCAGGUUUCAAAAGAGUGUUUACACUACAUAUGUUGCUGAAAACAAUCCACCUGGUUUGUCCAUAUUUACUCUGAGUGCCCAAGAUGAUGACUGGAACCAGAACGCUCGUGUUUCGUAUCUUCUUGAUGAAACUACAGUGGGUGGAUCCCCUGUUUCCUCGUUUAUAUCAGUAAAUGCUGACAGUGGAGUGGUUCACGCACUGCGCGGUUUUGACUACGAACAAAUUAAAAGUGUUCAUGUUUGUGUGAAAGCGCAAGAUGGAGGCUCUCCACCCCUCAGCACUAAUGUGACGUUGGACAUUAUAAUCCAAGAUCAGAAUGACAACGCUCCUCAGGUUCUGUAUCCAGUACAGACUGGUGCCUCUGUGGUAGCUGAGAUUGUGCCUCGUGCUGCAGAUGUUGGAUAUCUGGUCACUAAAGUGGUGGCUGUUGAUGUGGACUCUGGACAGAAUGCCUGGCUCUCCUAUAAGCUACAGAAAGCUACAGACAGAGCGCUGUUUGGUGUGGGUUUACAGAAUGGAGAAAUAAGAACUGUGCGACAAGUGACUGAUAAAGAUGCGGUCAAACAAAAACUGACUGUUGUUGUGGAGGAUAACGGACAGCCCUCUCGCUCAGCUGUGGUCUCCAUUAACGUGGCUGUGGCUGACAGCUUUCCUGAAGUGCUGUCAGACUCUAAGGGCCGCUGUUGA